AUGCAGAGCUUCGCUGGCUUUCUAGUCUGCUUCCUUGUAUGGAGACCGUACAUACUUAUAACUAUCUUAUCCGGGUGGCCCCAUUUGUCAUCAGGUGAUGUUCUAGCUCUUCUCGGUGGAUAUAACGAGCCGGUUCCGCAGUCAUAUGUAAUAGAGAGAGUACAGAGUACAUACGGAGUUCAAAGGGAAGAGACCAAAGAAAAGUGUGAUACAACCAUCGACCAGAUCACUGCUGGCCCGAAGGGGCAGGAGGUCGCCACAGAACGCUGCUCCAUGGUGUCACGUGAUAUAUUUAUAUGGAUAUCACGUGACCACUGGGUACCGGGAGUUGCUCUACUAGGCAGCCAGCGGUUGUUAUCGAAGUCAAUGCAUUGCCUGGAGUCUGUCGACCAUAUGGACUUACCGGUUGUAAAGUUACUGGCAAAACACUUUGGUGCGCGAGACCCUGCAGAAAGAGACUAUAUUAUACACCCCGAUUAUGAGGAUGGUGAAACAGACAACGAAGAGGAAGAUGUUGGGUGGAUGUAUCUCGAAGUUUACAAUUAUGUUGAGAUGUAUGGCCUGUUGGAGGAGACUGAUUGGUGGUAUGACCAAUACCAGAGACCACCCUUAUUGCCUUAUGACUCUCCCACGCACCAAAACCCAGGCUACUGGCGCAAUGGUUAG